AUGGCUGGUGCAAAGAAGAAGAAGAAGCCCGCCGCCAAUCCAGCUCGAGGCUUUGCGACUACCUCGGUUGCUUCCAAGCCCAGGCCUGAAGUUGUUGAGUCCGACACGAAGCCUACUGCCGCUAAAGGCCAAAAUGCCCCUCCAUCAACGCAGAAAGAUGCCCCUCCAUCGUCAUCCGUGACCUCUGGCGAUGCGACGAGCAAUGGCAGUACCCAGGAAAAGGCGCUGAGCCCCGAAGAGUUUGAAAAGCAUCUGGAGGAAUCCGAACUGCAAUUGCUCGUUGAGAAACAUGCAGCCAAAACAAAGAAAGAUGCCCAACGUCAACGGACCCGUCUCGAUACUGACCGUCGUCUUCUGCGUGGUCAAGCCGAUUCUAUCAAUAGCUUCAAAUGGCUGUCCCCGGACUUAAUGGACCAUAUACUCGAUCUGAUACAAGCAGAGAAUCGAUUCGCAGCUUCGAGCCUGUCUGCAGCUGACAAUGCUGGCGCUGGCAAGAUGCCUCCUGAAGAAGAUACCGUUAUUCGUCUUUGGACUUUGCAGCAGACUCUGACCGCGAUCGAAUUUCCCGCCGAGCGUGUCGCUGCCGUUAUACGGUACAUCCUCGACAUAGCGCCGAAUGUAGUGUCUACAAAUAGGGAUUCAAUCUGGGGACUCGAAGAAGCCCUCGACUGGCUGGCCCGAGAAUGCAGAGUCGAGGAACUGCCACGUUAUGAACCACGAUCGAAGCAUAUUCCUAAAAGCACAACCGAUACUCCCCAAGAGAGCCCAGCACCCAGUCGCUCGAGUACCCCUCGUCACAUGGAUCCACGAAGUGGUCGAAAGAACAAGUCUGCUGGGGGUAAAGGUCGACCAGGCAAGGCAUCUUCGCCCAUCAAAAAGAUGGUGGUAACUUGUGAUAGUGAUAUAGAGCCUGACGAGCUUGUUUCGAAGUACUUGGAGACUAGAGCAAAAUUGCUGGAACAUGAACGAGGCCAUAACCGAUUGGAUAGCUCCAAAGUCGCAGAAUCUGACGAGGAACUUGCUGUCGCAAAACUUGAAGCCAAGAUUAGGAAGAUUGAAUCUGACGUCCUGUUCGACAAGUAUGAAGCUGACCAACAGUGGAAAACUCAAAGGGUUGAUUUAGAGAGGCAGUUUGCCGCCGCAAAGCAAGAAUAUCAAGAUCAUGCUGCUGCGAACGAAGAUGGAGAAGAUGAAUUAGCUCCUGAAGAAUCAGACGACGAUAUCAACAAAGAAGCUGAGCGUGUUGCUGCCGAAAUAUUGGCAGAGACAAACGAUGAAGAUGAAGACGGAAUUGGUGGGCUAUUCGCAUCUCUGCCACAGAACGAAGUCGAUGCAAGCACAGGCGAGAGUCGUACGGUUGUCAACUCAGCUGACGGCAAGCAAAUCGUAAUUCGAGAUUUCGGGAAAACGACAGGCAUCAGUCCUCGGAGAGCUCUAGAGGAAGCGUGCCGUUCAAGGGACUCCUCUGCCAAGCUAUCAUAUACCAUCAUGUCAGAUGCCUCCUUCGCCAAUCGGCAUUCUGUUGAAAUCAUCUGGAACAAACCCCAGGAACUUCCUCCCCCGGCGGCAUCAUCAGACGUCGAAGUUGUAGCGGACCCCUACCGAUUCACCUUCACGAUGACAGGCAUUGCAACGCCGGAUGCCAAGCAAUCUGAGUCGUAUAUCUCCACCGCAGCUUUGUUUUACACGUUUAGUGGCAACACCAAGGACGAAAAAGUCGUUAUCAGACUUGCUCAUGUUUGGAAGGACGUUUGGGCCGAGUUAGCUGAAGCCAGGAAAGCACAGGUAGACGAACAAGACAGGGAUGUGGUGGGAGACUUGAGGGCUCUGGUUCGCCAACGACAUGAUCAGGAGCUUGAAGAUGGUGUCAUAAUCCAAGGAGCAUUCCGGGGACGCGGAGCUAAGCAUGUCAACGAUUCUGGCGAUGAUGGUGGCCAAGAUCGGUUGAGGCAAAACACUACAAAUGGGGAGCAGUACCAGAAGAUCUGGGCCGAGAAGUCCAGCACACGCAAGUUCCAAACAAUGUUGCAAUCCCGAAUGCAACUCCCUAUGUGGAGUUUUAGAGAGCAGGUUUUGACCGCCGUUGACAAUAACCAGGUGGUCAUUGUCUGCGGCGAAACUGGAUGUGGAAAAAGUACCCAAGUACCCUCAUUUCUGCUCGAACAUCAACUCUCCCAAGGAAAACCUUGCAAAAUCUAUUGUACAGAACCCCGACGAAUUUCAGCCAUUUCUCUUGCUCGUCGUGUAAGCGAGGAGCUUGGUGAGAACAGGAACGAUCUUGGGACAAACAGGUCUUUGGUGGGCUAUUCUAUUCGAUUGGAAGCGAACACCUCAAGAGAAACAAGACUGGUGUUUGCAACAACGGGUAUCGUAAUGCGAAUGCUUGAGGGCUCCAAUGAUCUUCAGGAGGUAACCCAUUUGGUACUCGAUGAAGUACACGAGCGGUCAAUCGAUAGCGACUUCCUUCUUAUCGUCCUGAAAAAGCUUCUGUUAAGGCGUAAAGACUUGAAGGUUGUCCUCAUGUCUGCUACGGUUGACGCAGACCGCUUCUCCGCUUACCUUGCUGGUGCACCAGUUCUUAACGUCCCUGGGCGAACAUUCCCAGUUCAGGUCAGGUACCUCGAAGAUGCUAUUGAACUCACUGGAUAUAUGCCUGCAGAUGCUGAGCCGGACAAGAUGGUCGACCUCGACGACGACCCGGCUGAGAGUGAAGGGGAAAAUACCAAGAGCGAUAUUUCAAAAAGCCUCGCAGGGUAUUCGCCAAGAACUCGGUCUACACUGGCUCAGAUUGACGAAUACCGGAUUGAUUUCGAUCUAAUGCUCCAGUUAAUUGCUCAAGUUGCAAUUGACGACAACCUGCAGGACUUCAGUAAAGCCAUUUUGGUAUUCUUACCAGGCAUUGCGGAGAUUCGUACUCUAAACGACAUGCUGCUUGGAGAUCCUCGAUUUGCAAAAGACUGGCUCGUAUAUCCUUUGCAUUCGACAAUAGCAACAGAGGAUCAAGAGGCAGCAUUUCUUGUUCCACCACCGGGCAUUCGUAAGAUCGUUCUCGCCACCAACAUCGCCGAAACUGGAAUCACUAUUCCUGAUGUUACAUGUGUCAUCGAUACUGGCAAGCAUCGCGAGAUGCGGUUCGAUGAACGACGUCAACUUUCGCGACUGAUUGAUACAUUCAUUUCCAGGGCAAACGCAAAACAAAGACGAGGCCGUGCGGGUCGUGUCCAAGAAGGUUUAUGCUUCCACAUGUUCACCAAAUACCGCCAUGAUAAUUUGAUGAGUGACCAGCAGACGCCAGAGAUGCUCCGACUUUCGUUGCAGGACCUGGCAAUUCGGGUCAAGAUCUGUAAAAUUGGAGGGAUCGAAGAGACCUUGGGUGAUGCUCUCGAUCCGCCCUCGGCCAAGAACAUUCGUCGAGCGGUUGACGCUCUUGUGGAUGUUCGUGCCCUGACCCAGGCCGAGGAACUAACGCCACUUGGACAUCAACUGGCCCGAUUGCCUCUGGAUGUGUUUUUGGGGAAACUCAUCUUGUAUGGAGUCAUUUUCAAAUGCUUGGAUAUGGCCAUUACCGUGGCUGCAAUUCUUUCUUCAAAAUCACCUUUCUCUGCGCCAUUUGGACAGCGCACUCAAGCAGACAACGCCCGCAUGGCUUUCCGCCGCGGGGAUUCUGAUCUUCUUACUAUAUCCAACGCCUACAUGGCUUGGAAGCGAGUAUGCCAGUCUACUGGUGGUGGAGGAAAGGAAUUCCAAUUCUGCCGCAAGAAUUUUUUGAGCCAGCAAACACUGGCUAACAUUGAAGAUCUCAAAGGACAACUUCUUACUUCUCUGGCUGAUUCUGGCUUCCUUGCUCUCACAGAAGAAGAAAGACGGGCACUAUCACGAGCUCGAUUUUCUGGUGGCCGAGGACGAAGGCAGCAGCAAUUCUACGACAUACCCAGAAGAGUCAAUCUCAACAGUGACAACGAUAUCGUCUCAGCAUCAGUUAUAGCCUGGAGUUUCUAUCCCAAGAUCUUAGUCAGAGAUGUACCAGGAUCGAGGGGCCUAAGAAACAUCGGUACAAACCAAUCGAUCAGUCUCCAUCCGUCGUCUGUCAACCGAGGCCGUCAUGACCUUCGAUGGCUAUCGUACUACCAUAUCAUGCAAUCCAGGGCGGUAUACCAUGCCCAUGAGGCUACAUCUGUAGAAGCAUUUGCCAUCGCGCUUUUGUGCGGUGAUGUACGAUGUGAUAUGUAUUCUGGAGUAAUUGUUCUCGACGCGAACCGAGGUCGUUUUACUGUUCCUGAUUGGAAGACAAUGCUGGUCAUGAAGGUCCUUCGAACAAGGCUCCGAGAGCUUCUCACUCGGUCUUUCAAACAGCCAGGCAAAUUGCCCACUGCUCAGCAAGAGAAGUGGCUUGAUGUUUGGCAAAGAAUCUUUACGCAGGAUUUCGGACAAGAUAGAUCCACUACGGGAAUGACGACCAAGACAUAA